AUGGAUUCAAGAGCUUACAUCCUUAGAGCCAGUAUUGCACAUCUUUGUCUCUUGAUCCUAGUUUCCACUGUUUUCCCUCUGUCUGGUGCAGUAAAACAUGGUAGAGGUAUAGUUAGUAGAAGCUCCUCCAUCAAAUCAUGGAAGAAACUAGAAUCUCAAAACCGUUUUAACAAAUUUUCAUCAUUUGAAUACUUAGACAUUGAUUCAUAUGGUUCUCCAUCUUCUCAACCAUUACCACCUUUCAAUUCACUUGCACCACAACCUUAUUCCUCUCUUCCAAACCCACCACCAAGUCCAAAAACCACUGUUACAAUUUCACCACCACCACCUCCAAGCCCGCCAAAACAUGUUCCAAGCCCACCUAAAACGGUUAUAAGCCCACCUAUGGCUUAUCCACCACCACCACCCUCACCUCAUAAAAACUCACCCCCACACUAUGCUAUUUGGUGUGUUGCAAAGCCUACGGUUCCUGAUCCUAUAAUACAAUUUGCUAUGGACUAUGCAUGUGGCUCUGGGGCAGAUUGCAAAUCAAUUCAGCCCAAUGGGUUAUGCUUUCAGCCCAACACUUUGUUGGCCCAUGCUUCUUUUGCUUUCAAUAGCUAUUGGCAGAAUACUAAGAUUGGUGGGGGCACUUGUGAUUUUGGUGGUACUGCUAUGCUUGUCAAUGUUGAUCCAAGUUAUGACAAAUGCAACUUCAUGUCGACUUAG